AUAGGACCCGUGCCUCCGAGUUGUGCAGCGAUGCAGUCACGUGACGCUGGGAAAAGGAAUGCCAACAUGGACCCGUGGCAAGGACGGGAUGUGAGUGUGCUCCGACAAUAACACGACGGAGGAAAACAGAAAACAGAGAAUAUAAGAAGCCAUCGACGGCGCUGCUCUUCUCCAGCGGGCGAACCACACACGGUUUUUGUGACUCCACUUCUGGAUAGUGUUUCCUCAACAUCCUCUCUUCUGCGUUCGGCCUGGAUCAAUGGUGUCUCUCAGCAGCAGAACGCUGAGUUUGGAGAAUGACCUUUUCAGGGAAAGCAGCAGCCCGUUCUCCCUCGGCCUGGGAGACGGAGCCCGCAGUGAGGGAGGCAGUUUGGCCUCCUGUGACAGCCCCGAGGCCGGGGAGCUGGGGGCCAUGCACAGCUCCAGCCCUGGAGAGGAGGAAGAUGAUGAGGAGGAAGAAGAUGAAGAUGAGGGGGCACGUCUGCAUAUUUUUCUUGGAGCAGAGGAAGAGGAGGAACCUGCGAGUCAGGAGCCUAAGCUGCCAGAAUUCCCUUUCCAUCCCUCUUCCCCGUUCUCCCCAACCCUGGAGGACAUAGAGGAGUUCUUGAGGGAAAAGAUGGAACUGGUCAAAGAGGGACUACUGGCCCCAAAAGAGGAGGCAUCCCCUCUACCAUGCAGUGGCUCUCCAUCUGCCUCUGCCCCCCGUGCUGCUUCUGCAGAGACUAGCAGUGACCCAGGGACUAGUAGCUCCCAUUGCACUUCAAGCCCAAACACGCCCCAGAGUGAGCAAAACAGCCCCAGCCCAACUGCCCCUUCCCCUUCAGCCCGAGUUAAGCUCUCACCAUCCGCCCUAACCCCGCCAGUGCUCCUGGGCGGUCCGCUGGUUCUCCAGCUCCAGCCCCUACCUCUGGCCCAGCCCCAGACCCCCGCAGGCACUUCUCCUGGAGCCCAGAGUGGCAUUUGGCUCACUCAUCUGAUCAUGGGGCUCCAGGGUGGAACAGGACAAAAUGUCACCCUGCUGGCCCCGCAGGUGCCCUCCACCCCCACCACCCUGAUAUCACUAAACAGUGGCGAUACAAAGUCAGCUGACCAGAAGUACGUGAAGAUCGCCCCUCUGCCCAUCACUAUGAGGACCUAUGAGAUCACGGGUGUGACUGGGGUUGGGGGCCAGGGCAAUGGCCUGUUGAAGGCCGUGGCCCCCCGGGUGACCAGAGUGCCGCCGACAGAGAGGGUCCAUAAGUGCUCCCACCCAGGCUGUGGGAAGAUGUACACCAAAAGCAGCCAUCUGAAAGCUCACUUCCGCCGGCAUACGGGAGAGAAACCCUACACGUGUAGCUGGCCUGAGUGUGGCUGGAGGUUCUCCCGAUCGGACGAACUAUCUCGUCACCGCCGCUCUCACUCCGGCAUCAAGCCGUACGAGUGCUCGCUGUGCGAGAAGAAGUUCGCCCGCAGUGACCACUUAUCCAAACACACGAAGGUCCACCGCAGCUCCAGACCCAGCAGGAUUAUCAGAGCCACUGUGUGAGACACCUUCAGCUGGCCUAAAACCCUGCCCUGCGCCCACCCAGCCUGGCCUGCCUUCGAUCAGCUCAGGGGGGCCAGGGGCUCCCUCAGGACCUUUGGUGCUUCACAAGCAGAACUUUCAGAAGAAUCUUGAGAGCUGGCUGCUGUUGUCCCAUCAUAGUUUUCUUCUUCUCUCUCCUCCCCGUUGUUUAUCUUUCACUGUUUCUUCUGAGCAGCUCCUCCUAUACUGAAUGAAAGCCCCCUCAGGAAAAAGACAGCUGAAAGUGGAUUUCCUGGCCUCACACACACACACACACACACACACACACACACACACACACACACACACAGACAAAAACAUACAAGAGACAGUUUUACAGAGGCCCCUCUUGCAGCCAAUGUGUGCACUGCUGUUCCUGUUACCAAGCUACCAGGUGCUGUUGGAAGUAGGGUGGCAACCAGUAAUAGGAGUGUCUGUAAUUCUAUAAUCUUCUCUCUAAUUUUGUGAUCGCCCUUCUUCCUCAAAGCCAAACUUCAGGGUCCACACACAUAAAGCUUCCCCGUGUUUUUGUACAUUGUAAAAAUUUAGAGUCACAUGUACGCCAUGUGUUCUAAACAGAAGGCUUGCAAUGGACAUGUUCACACAAAGUGAAAUUAAAGCAGCAGAAUCUCCUCUAGACACUCUCAGAGAUACAGCUCACCCUGACUGAACUGUAUGACUCUUGAUAUUUGGAGCUAAUGCUGAGAUAUUGUUUUUGUCAAACUAAACUUGUGGCUUUGCUCCCAAUUUGGCUGAGAAAAACUUUCGAUGUUUGUUCGCAUCCAGCCCUUGCCUUUUAUUGCAUUCGUCCAAUCAUAAUCCACCCUGUUUUGACCUGUAUGCCUUUUCUCAGCCCCACUAUGCCCUAAUCUCUAUCGAUGCCUUUGUCCGUAUCACAAAACCUCACUUGAUCCUACUGUUAUCAUAUGACUGCUCUUAUUUAACUGUGAUUCUGAACCGGGGGUUGCCAAACCAGAAAUCCCUGUUCUGGCCCUGUGAGAGCAUGAAAAACGACAUCCUCGGUGCGUGACAGUAUAUAAGCUCUUUGUUCUCUGAAACUCUCUUGAAAUCAUUGUGCAGCCGACUUAUGUGGCCUAGAAAACGACUCGGUAUAUAUGUUACGUUUUGGCUCAAUGGUGCAAAAGUGACGUGAAACACUGCUCUUUUUUCUUUACAGUAGCACUUACUGUAAGACAUUUCUCUGUUGGUUAUAGCAGCAAGAAAAGCUAAUAGGUUAAACAGCUGGAAAGGCAGCUAACAUCUAUUCAAUCAUCUGUAUUAGCAUACUCAAUAUAAUAUGUACUGAACGUGUACAGCUUGUAGCCUUUAUAUAGAUGUUUUUUUUAUCAGAGGAUUUUCAAUCAGUGCAUUAAGCUAUUCAGUCGUGUAUCCGGAGAGGUUUUUGGUCUGUUAUGUGAGUUUGAUUGUAGCGUGAUCAAUCUGUGGAAUGUCAGACUGAUUAUGGUCUGGGAUUUGGAGUCCCACUCUACCAUUCACAAACCAUUAAGCUGAGUCUGCUGGUCUCAAGUGCACUUGUGUUAGUGGAAAGUGAGAAACGGUCAUUGUGCUCUUAUGGCAGUUCCGUAAAAUGUAUCGGAACCUUAAAAUGCCAAAAAAAUUGUCUUUUCUAAGGAAGGUUAAACUGCACUGCGCAGUGCAGACACUAUUAUCAUUUAUUCUUUGAUCUCAACACUUGGUGCUUGUUAACCUACCAGUGCUUCAUGUGAAGAGACUGUAUAACUGACAGCAUAACGCUUCACAUAACUGGAUUGUCUCUGUUGAACCAGCAGACACUUUACUACUACAAACCGUUAGGCUACUGGCGAUCUUAACUUAGCUCAAGCAACAUUGGUGCUUUUGGAUGAACUCAAAAGUAGAGCACUUCUGCAUGUAGCAGUGCACAUUUAUACAGCAAUCAUGCAUAUAUCUUUGUCUUGUAGCAUUAAGGAUACAUUAGAGUUCACUCUUUAAACCAUGCUUAGUAAUGUAGAAACCCGUUCAAAGCAGACAGACGGGCAGACGUGUUUAUCUGUCUGAACCAGCGCUGUCUUUGUGUCUGAGCCUCCCCAGGCUGCUUCUACUGACCUACAUCCAGACCUGUAUUCCCUAAUCAUCGUCAUCCAAUUCUCUCUCUCUCUGUCUCUCUUCUUCUGUUUCUCUCUCAAUCCUGUCUGUGUAUCUGGUUGAACACAGGCUGUUUUUUUGUUUGUUUUUUUUGAAUACCAGAAAUGCUAUUUUCCUAUUUGCAAAAAUAAAAGCAAAAAAAAGAAAAUACGAAA